AUGGGUAAUUUUUGGGGAGAGGGGUUGGAAAUAAGUUUACCAUUAAAGAUACAAAGUAAAAAAGAACAAUUUAAAUAUAAUUUAGGAAUUUUUGACGUUAACCCGUUAACUGACGACCUGUCAACUUACUUAGCUAUAAGGGACACUUGGUUGGUUUUUUUCGUCAUUAGUAUUGUUAUUUUUAUCAUUGUUGCUCUCAUCCUAAUCUUCCUAAGGACUAGGAUAAAUAUAGCGAUUGAGUUGAUCAAGGAAUCCUCUAAAGCAAUUUCCGGAAUAAUUUCCAGUCUUUUCUUCCCUGUCAUACCAUUCCUUCUACAGCUUCUAGUUGUUGCAUAUUUCUGCACUAUUGCAGCUUUCCUAGCUUCUACAGGGGAACAACAGUUUGUUGUUGCUCAACAGUGCACAGGUGAUUUGGUUCAGCUGUUCUACAGAGGUCCCAAGAAAGAAAGUAUAUUUUUUAUUGUAGGACAGUCAUACGAUUAUUGAUAAAAGGAAUUAAGU